GCUGGCCGACAUGAUGACGUCAUCACACGCUGUGAGAUUUUGCGCUGGAUCUUCAAUCAAGAUGGCGACGAUCGGCUCUUCGGAUGAGGUCCUUCCAUGUGUAGAGCUGAAAGACCAUGGCAGACUACACCAUACGGGUGUACAAGAACCGGGACUACAAUGCCGUCCGUAUGCUGUUUGCAGAAGGCACGCUGGAGCACAUCCCGGCUACCUGUGCCUACCUGCUGAAGCUUCCCCGGGCCCAGUUUAUUAUUUUCAUAUCUUUCAUCACCCUGCUCUUAAUAUCCAGGUCCUACUUACUUUCUCUAGUCAGCCUGGCCAUUGUGUUCACUGCAGGACGGCGCCUGUUGAACAACGAGUAUCAUCAGUAUGUGGACAAGUGUCAGAGAGAAGACUUACUGGACAUUGAGGAGUCCUACAUGGCAAGUAACAACUCUUGUUUCUGGGUGGUAGAGUCUAACGGCAGGGUCAUCGGCAUUGUGGGCGUCCAGCCAGUGCCCCGCUCUACUGAAGUCAUGGUGUUGAGGUGGCUGUCAGUGGCUAAGGACAAGAGGCACCAAGGAAUCGCCAAGGCUCUGUGCCAGAAGGUCAUAGAUUUCACUUGUACGCGUGGCUUCAAAGUGUUGACUCUGGAGACGUCAAUGAUACAAGUUCCUGCGCAAAAAUUAUAUGAAAAAUUGGGUUUUCAGAAAACAGAUGUCAAGAUUGUUCCAUCACUGAUUGGAAGGUUUUCUAAUUUUGCAAUCCUAACCUAUGAAUAUAGGAUUAAAGACUAGUGGGAUGGAGAAGCCACCAACUCGUGGACCAGACACUGGGCAAUUAUAAUCCUUCACCACUAAUUCAUCAAUUCAGAGAAGGUCUGUCUGAUAGACAAUAUGGUGGCGGCUGUCAUGGUUCAUCUGGACAUGUGUCUGAUAGACAAUCUGGUGGCUGUCAUGGUUCAUCUAGAUGUGUGUUCUAAUUCUCCAUCACUUUAUUGCAUCUUUUACCACUAUCAAUAUGGAAGAAAAACUUUUUGGGAAAACCCAGACACCAACUCCUGUAAGACAUCAGGUCCUGGUGGACACAUCACACUUGGGUGGAUGAUCCUUC